UUUGUUGCCUUGUACAUUAAUGAACCAUAUUUAUAUCUUCCUAUAUGGAUGUUUGAUUGAUGAUUUACUCCAUGAUGCAUUAGUAGAAGAAGAGAGAAUGUAGAUGGUUAUUAGUUUUCGGAACUUAAUUAGACAGGAUUGUUUAGUAUGGAUGCUUUAAGUGUAGCUCAGGGUGGGGAAAGAGCUUGCAGGAGAGAAUCUGGAGUUUCUGAGACUUCUACACAUGGUCAUCCCCAACAUAAGAGAUCGAAAAGUGCUUCUAGCAAGAAUGAUCUUUCAAGAGGUGGAGGUACAAAUACAAUAAGGAACCAUAAUGAGUUUCAUGUAAGAGAUCUGAGGCCCUCUAAAAAUAAUGUCAGUCCUCGGAGUCCUCUUCAUGAAAGCCCCAAUAGUAGCAGCAUCAGCGCAGCAUCAAAACAUAGGGACUCUUUGGAAAAAGAUAUUGAGCAACUACAGUCCCGGUUGCAACAAGAGAGAUCUAUGAGGAUGGUGCUUGAGAGGGCAAUGGGUCGAGCUUCCAGUACCUUAUCACCUGGACAUAGGCACGUUGCUGCUCAGACAAAGGAGUUGAUAAGUGAAAUCGAAUCACUGGAAGAAGAGGUUGCAAACCGCGAACAGCAUGUUCUUUCUCUAUACAGGACCAUAUUUGAACAAUGUGUCAGCAGGUCAACUUCGGAGCAAAGUUCAUGCAUAGCUUCUCCUGCUCAUUCAAAGAAUGAGUCCAAAAAGCAUCCAAGUAUAAUUUCAAGUGCUUUUUGUUCAUCAAAAAGUUUCCCCUUCCGGCCUUUCCAGGCUCUAGCUAAUAUAAAUGGCUCAGCAAAAAGAAAUUCCAUGCAUUCUACGACAAGACAAGAUUCACUAUAUGCUGGUAGAUCAAACACCCACUUUCAGCACGGAAGUCCAAGACAUGGCAGAGCCUCAGACCAGCUAUCAGGUUCAGAAAAAACUUCUAUGCUCCGAACUCUUAAGGAACAUCUCCAUCAGUGUCCAAGCAAAUUAUCAGAAGAAAUGGUCAAGUGUAUGGCUGCAGUAUACUGCUGGCUCCGUAGCUCAGAAUCUACAAAUCCUGAAAAAUAUCAGUCACCUGUUUCAUCAAGGUCACCAGCUAAUGUCAUAAAUCCCAAAAAUGGAAUUGGUCAGGAGAAGGAGCGGUUCAGCACAUCCAUGGUUGAAAUUUCUUGGAUAUCCACUGACAAAAACAAUUUCUCUCGAGCCUCACAUGCCCUCAAUAGUUACAGAGUACUAGUAGAACAACUUGAAAAGCUUAAUUUAGGUUCGAUGGAUAUAAAUGCUAAGACUGCAUUCUGGAUCAACAUCUAUAAUUCUUUGAUUAUGCACGCAUAUCUAGCUUAUGGAAUACCUCGCAGCUCUAUCAGGCGGUUAGCCUUGUUUUACAAGGCUGCUUACAACAUUGGUGGACACAUCAUUAGUGCAACUGCCAUAGAACAAUCAAUUUUUUGCUUUAAUACACCCCGAGUUGGACGGUGGAUCGAGACUAUACUGUCAACAGCAUUCAGGAAAAGAUCUGGGGACGAAAGACAGCGUAUUAAAUCAAAAUAUGGACUACAAAUUCCACAGCCACUUGUUUGCUUUGCUCUGUGCACUGGAUCUAUUUCCGAUCCUGUGCUCAAAGUCUACACAGCAUCAAAUAUUAAAGAAGAACUGGAUAUGGCCAAAAAGGAAUUUCUUCAAGCCAACAUAAUUGUCAAAAAGUCUAAGAAAGUGUUCUUGCCUAAGGUACUCGAAAGAUAUGCCAAGGAAGCUUCUAUCUCCCCAGAAGAUCUUCUCCAAUCUGUGGCUAACAGUGUAGACAAGAAGCUCCAUGAUUCCAUACACAAAUGCAUCGUGCAUUCAGACAAUAAGAAAGCAUCUCAGUGUACCAACUGGCUACCUUAUAGUUCAAAGUUCCGAUACAUGUUCUCUAGAAAUUUAACUGAGAAGCCAUGGUGGGUGUAAAAUAAAUAUUGCAGCGAACUUAACAUAUUCUGGAAUUUGUAGUCCUAACUUAUUGAAAUGGUGAAAUACAGCAAGUAAAUAUUUAGAGAUCAAACUGUUUGCUUAUAUUA